AUGGCCGCCAGUCUAAAUGCCAUCUUCCUUCUUCUCUGGCUCCUUCAGCGUGGAGGAUGGCAGGUUGCAGGACAGAAGGUCUCAGUAAAACAAACCCCCCUGAUCCAGGUCGCUUUUGCCAAUGAAAAGGUAUCGAUGAAGUGCCUGGUCAGCUACCCCUACAUGAAGGAAUACACCACCUUCACAAUCCAUUAUUACUGGGUGAACUCAGAAGGCAAGAGAGUCACCAUCAAAAAUUGUCCCGUAUCUGAAGCAAUCCCCACUGGACAGAUGAACCAGACAACAGAGAAGGAUUACCCACAUACAAUUGGGCCAUCAGAAAACCCCCCUGCUACUGGCACCUACUACUGCGAGGCCGUGUGGAAAAGCACAACAGAAAAAGGAAAUGGGGUAUUCAUCCUUGUUAGAGACACAGGGUACAGAGAGCCCUCUCCGGGCACAUGGAAAUUUCUCAUCGCUCUUACCACUAUCCUCACCAUACUGAGCAUCACUGGAACAGCUCUGCUGCUGUGGAAGAGAAAGUUGGUGGUGUGUCCUGGGAGAUGGCCAGAUGUCCUCCAGAGGUGCCCAAACCUAAGCACAGGAGCCCAAGCCCCUUCAGGAAGCUCAGAACCAUCUGGCUCCAUCUACACUUGCCUAGAAUCCCACCAAGCUGAGGUCUAUUCUGUCCUUGAGGAUAACAUGAACAGCUUGUCGCUUGAGAAGAAUCCCACUGCUACACUUCAAGACAUGAACAUCUCGCAGCCAGACAGGGUUGAAGAUAGAAAUGAAGACUGUGGGAAAACAGGGAAGAAGAAAAAGAAGAAGAAAGAAAAGAAAUCUCAGCAAGAAACUCUGGAAGAACCCUUUGAUACCCUGUAUGAGAAUAUCUAA